UGUCGACAUCGAUUGUCCUUACAUGUUAUAACUGUGGGCAGCCUGGUCAUCCGUCUCGGUUUUGUCCAUUGCCUGAUCGUCGUUUAGCUAAUCCAUCUAUGUCUAAUGCGAAUGUUAAUACUGCUAUCGUACCAGCUCAAAGUAAUGCCCUAGUUACUUAUCCCGUGGCCAAUAGUUAUGGUGGAGGGGGUUACGGGUUUGGCUGCGGUGGAGGGCUUAAGCCCCGAGUUGAGACUCUGGAAUCUACAGUUGCUGAGCUGAAGGCCUUUCGAGAUGCCGAGGUGGAACGCGAGAAGGCCCGAAAGGACGAAGAAGAAAAGGUCAAAAAGGACAAGGAAGAUGAGGAGCGAAGGCAGCGUGAGAAGACCGAAAGAGAAGAAUUGUAUUCAAAAAUCAACGUGAAUAUCGCAGAACAAUUGAAGCCGGUGCGGUUACUUGAAAGCAAGAAGGCGAGCAGUGGCGAGAAUGACGAAGUUAAGAAGCUGAAACUCGAAGUCGAACGGUUGCUGAAGGCUCAGGUGAAUACGAAUGCUGCAUCGACCUCGGAAAGUGAACUUGAACGUUUCCGCAGGGAGCAGGAGGCGGAGUGUACACGUGCCGAGCUCAGAUUCGCAGCCAUGGAGCAGGAUAUGGCCAUACUGAAGAAAGCAAACGAGGAAGCUUUGUUGGCCGCUGAGCAAUGGAAAACGGAGGCUCUUCGCCCUGGGAAUAAGAGGGGAAGUGUAGCCGUUACUCCGUCGCCUGCUGUUGGUAAUCGGACGCGUCCACGUGUCACCGUCCUGUGAUCGCAUGCCGUGGAUCAUCAACUUAGACGUGAGA